UAUACUGUAGUAUUCAGCUGGUUGCGAAGCAACAUAGUAAUAUUUGAUCGAUAUAGUAUUUUUUGCAAUUUUAUUCCAAAUUAUUGUUUCAGUGAGAAGUAGAUUCACAUGCAACGUGUGAAUUACAUCAACAAAUUCGUUAAUUAAAGAAAUUUUUAAGACCCUUGGAAGAGAAUUUAUCAUUCAUUUAUAAUAAUAAUAAUAUAUAAUUUAACGGACUUUUUAUAUUUUUACAAUCGAAGCUGACGCACAAAGAUUUAAAUGUGUGAAAUUUUCAAAAAACAAAGAGAAAAAAAAAAUUAUAAACAAUUCUAUGGAAAAAUAAUUUUUUCUAUUAUAUAAUUAUUUAUUUGGAAAGUUUGAAAAUAAUUUACAAAAAAAAAAAGAACAAGAAUCGAUGAAGAAUUCAUAAAAUUGAGGAUAUUUUCAAAAUUUAGAAUUUUCAAUAAAAAAAAAAUUAAUCAACGAUUUUUAAAUAUUUGAAUUCAAGUAUAUAACGAAUUUCCAUAAGAUAAAAAGGAGCGUUUAAAUUUUGAUAAAAAAAAAAAAUUUAAAUAUGUCAUUUGAAAAUAAAUUUAAAAAAUCAUCGGCGGAAAUAUUCGACGAGUUUGAUAAAAAUAAAGACGGUGGUUUGGAUUUUAAUGAAUUUCAAAAUCUUUGUAAAGAAUUAUUUGGCGCUGAUGAAGUAGAAGAAAAUGAGAGUAAAGUUAAAAGUAUUUUUGAAAUUUUUGACAUUAAUCGUGAUGGAUUAUUGAAGAACGAAGAAUGGGAAAGAUGUUACAAUGAAUGGCUGCAAGUGAUAAUGAAUCCGGUAAAUGUUUUAGUGAUUGUAGAUGUACAAAAUGAUUUUAUAAAUGGUAGUUUAGCUCUCUCAAAAUGUGGCGAGGGCGAAGAUGGCGAAGAAGUAAUUGAACCAAUUAAUCGACUUAUAAAAGAAGGUGUUUGGAAAACAAUUGUUUACACUCAAGAUUGGCAUCCGGAAAAUCAUAUUGGUUUUUUUGAAAAUUUACAUCUACGACAACUUCAUCCAAAUUCGAAGGUGACUAAAGAAAAGGCAAGACUUUUUGAUACCGUAUUAUUUCUGGAACCAAAACUUGAACAAAGAUUAUGGCCAGUACAUUGUAUUAUGAAUUCUUGGGGAUCUCAAUUACAUGAACGUUUAUUUAUCGCUCCAAAUUCUCAGCAGGUGCGAAAAGGUUUAAAUCCUGAUAUGGAAACUUAUUCGGCAUUUUAUGAUAACAAUUCAAUAAAUUCUACAGAAUUAUUGGAUAUUCUUCGAAAACAUGAUGUCACCGACGUUUAUGUUUGUGGUUUAGCUUAUGAUGUUUGUGUACGAGCAACUUGCUUAGAUGGUCUAAAAUUAGGAUACCGAUUAGCCAUAAUCGAAGACUGUUGUCGUGGAGUUAGUCGUAAUGAUAUUGUUAUGUCACGUAAGGAAAUAUCAGAAAAAGGAGGAUUGAUCUCAGAAAGCAAUCAGGUACUUUCCCUUGUUAAAGAUAAAAAACGAAGCUUAAUAAUGGCUCAUCAAGGCGCUGUUGCGUUGGCAAAAAAAUGGUCUGCAAUGAGUAAGAAUUAAAAAAACAAAAAAAAGUACUUAAGGAAUAUUUUCCUCUUUGCUUAUUUUAAAAUAGGCUUUAGUACUUAUUCAAUUGAAAAAAGUUCGUUAAAAGCAAUUAAAUCUAAAAUAAGUCUUUGCGAAAUAAAUUAAUUUAUUAUUUUAUUUAUUCUAUAACUGGAAAAAAAUUGUUUUCUAAAAUUUUAUUUUUUAGUUUUAAUUUCCAAUAAAAAAAAAAUAUAUUUACUUUA